GUAGAGAGAGAAAGAGAGAGACAACGAAGAAAAGAACCCGUUGGUCACCAGAAUGAACUUUGGUUUUAUAGCAAUCCUCUUUAUUCACCGAUCCACGUCCAUCACCGUCUUCCUUCUCCUAUUCUCUUUUUCUUGUUCAUUUUCUUGUUCUUCUUUUGGGAAAGAAGAACACAGAGAAUUGAAGGAAGAAGAUUGAGAACGGGGAAUACCCAGGUAAUUGGUUCCGUGAAAUUUUUUAUUUUGAUAACUGGGUGUUUCUCUUUUCAUCUUUUUACCUUCAGUGGGGGAAAGGGGUUUUUCUGAGUUGAUGGACUUGGAAAGCGUUGAGUGUGUGUCAUCCUCGGAUGGCAUGGAUGAGGAUGAGAUCCACACCAAUCAUCAUCACUCUGAGUUUUCUUCCACAAAGCCUCGCAAUGGAGGCACCAAUAACGUUAAUUCUGUGGGGUCCACCGCCCUUGCUCCGGCAACCAGCGUCCAUGAGUUGCUGGAAUGUCCUGUGUGUACUAAUUCAAUGUACCCUCCAAUCCACCAGUGUCACAAUGGCCACACACUCUGUUCCACUUGUAAAACAAGGGUGCACAACCGAUGUCCCACUUGUAGACAAGAGCUUGGAGAUAUUAGGUGUCUGGCACUGGAAAAGGUGGCUGAAUCACUUGAGCUACCUUGCAAGUACUACUCCCUUGGAUGUUCAGAAAUCUUUCCAUACUACAGCAAGCUUAAGCAUGAGACAGUAUGCAAUUAUAGACCAUAUAGUUGCCCUUAUGCUGGAUCAGAGUGUUCUGUCGUGGGAGAUAUUCCCUUCCUUGUUGCUCAUUUAAGGGAUGAUCAUAAAGUGGACAUGCACACAGGAUGCACAUUCAACCAUCGUUAUGUGAAGUCAAAUCCACGUGAAGUGGAGAAUGCAACCUGGAUGCUCACAGUGUUUCAUUGUUUUGGCCAAUAUUUCUGCCUUCAUUUUGAAGCUUUCCAGCUUGGCAUGGCACCUGUUUACAUGGCAUUUCUUCGUUUUAUGNAUUCAAUGUACCCUCCAAUCCACCAGUGUCACAAUGGCCACACACUCUGUUCCACUUGUAAAACAAGGGUGCACAACCGAUGUCCCACUUGUAGACAAGAGCUUGGAGAUAUUAGGUGUCUGGCACUGGAAAAGGUGGCUGAAUCACUUGAGCUACCUUGCAAGUACUACUCCCUUGGAUGUUCAGAAAUCUUUCCAUACUACAGCAAGCUUAAGCAUGAGACAGUAUGCAAUUAUAGACCAUAUAGUUGCCCUUAUGCUGGAUCAGAGUGUUCUGUCGUGGGAGAUAUUCCCUUCCUUGUUGCUCAUUUAAGGGAUGAUCAUAAAGUGGACAUGCACACAGGAUGCACAUUCAACCAUCGUUAUGUGAAGUCAAAUCCACGUGAAGUGGAGAAUGCAACCUGGAUGCUCACAGUGUUUCAUUGUUUUGGCCAAUAUUUCUGCCUUCAUUUUGAAGCUUUCCAGCUUGGCAUGGCACCUGUUUACAUGGCAUUUCUUCGUUUUAUGGGUGAUGAGAAUGAGGCUCGGAAUUAUAGCUAUAGCCUAGAGGUUGGGGCCAAUGGUAGAAAACUCAUCUGGGAGGGUACGCCACGGAGUGUUCGAGAUAGCCACCGUAAAGUGAGGGAUAGCCACGAUGGGCUCAUCAUUCAAAGAAAUAUGGCUCUAUUUUUCUCUGGUGGGGACAGAAAGGAGCUGAAACUCAGAGUUACAGGAAGAAUAUGGAAGGAGCAACAGAAUUCUGAUGCUGGUGUGUGCAUGCCAAAUCUCUGUAGUUGACAUGUUAUUUGAAGGGCAUUUCUAUCAGUUCUGUUUCUUCACUCAUUUGGGCUAUAUAUUUAUACCAUCGAAGUGGCUCUGAAAUGUCCAGUUUUUAUAAACUGUGUAAUGAACCAGAUUUUCUUCCUCUGAAAUUUGUUUGAUUGGAAUUUGAAUUAA